AUCUAAUUUAACAUAAAACGUUUCAAUUGCGUAAAACACCCCAUUCGUUAUCAUUCACAGCAUUCGCCCAUCUCUCAUCCAUACAUCCCUCCGCGUGCGCUCCCAGGUAUGGUGACGAUAACAAAUGCGGAAGUUUGUAGUCAACAGCGCAGGGAGCGGCAGGAGUCAACUGUCCACAGUCAGGCACGAUGUCCAACAACGACGAUAUCCGAUACUGUCAUCAAUGCUCCUACAUUUUCCUCAAAUUAAUCCUGUUCAGUUAUGCCAUCAUCUGGUGGUUGAUAGGCGGCUUUAUCCUGGCCAUUGGUAUCUAUGCUGAGGUGGAGAGACAACGCUUCAAGACACUGGAUGGAGUGUUUUUGGCCCCAGCUGUCAUCUUGAUAAUUCUGGGAAUCCUUAUGUUUGUGGUUUCGCUCAUUGGAGUCUUGGGAUCUCUGAGGGAUAAUCUCACCCUACUGAAAGUGUUCAUGUACAGCCUGACUGUGUGUCUGAUCCUGGAGCUGCUGGGAGGAAUAGUGGCGCUGAUGUUUCACAAUAAGACAUUGGUGUUAGUGAACAAGAACAUCAAAAAAGGCAUAGUGAACUACUAUGAUGACCUAGACUUCAAAAAUAUCAUGGACUUUGUACAGAAGAAGUUUAAGUGUUGUGGAGGUCAAGAGUAUUCAGACUGGUCAGUCAACAUGUACCACAACUGCUCUGCCCCUGGUCCGUUGGCCUGCGGUGUCCCUUAUACCUGCUGCAUUACUACUAAGCCUAAUGAAUUGGCAAACACUAUGUGUGGGUACAAGGUGUUGAAAAAAACGCGUUUGGACUUGAUUGACGCCAUCCAUAUCAGAGGCUGCACUGAUGCUUUCUUCAUCUGGCUGAUGGACAACUAUAAGAUUAUGGCUGGACUGCUAUUAGGGAUCCUUCUACCUCAGUUCUUCGGUGUGAUAGUCAGCUGGCUGUACAUCACUCGCGUUGAAGACGCCAUCAGUGAGUACGGUCACCACAUGGACCUACUGGACUCAAGCGCUGAUGAAAGAGAAAUCAAGAAGCAAGGCCAAAUGGGCAAAUGGUUUAGGUGCAUGCCAGAGAUCGACUGAUGAAGCAAAAAACAAAAAGCCGCAAAGGACUUCAUCCAACACACUCCAUCCAACUCCCACAGAUGGUUGAAUCACUUCAGGCAAUCCAGAUAUGCUUUUGCCACUGUGGGAUCCUUUAAACUGCAGGUUUACUACAUGUAAAAUGUGUUGAUGUUUUUUCAUGUUUGUUUGUUGUUUUUGGAAAGAAGGAAUUAUUCAGCAACCAGAUUAUUAAGAGUUUGAUAUUCAAGUGUCAGUACAGUUUAACUGUAAACGUACUACACAUAUACAACACAAAAAUGUUUGCAGGGCUCACUGUGGUGGUAACUGCAUUGUGCCCAAAGUGUCUCAGGGAUAAACUCAGAAACCAAUUGAACCACCUUUGCUUCUGAUUUUAUAUUAUGACAUUUAUUUCAAAUACACAACCACAAUUUACAGCACUGACCUCUUUCUUACUUUUUAUACCUUUUAGUUUUUUCUACAAAUUAAAGAAUUGCUUGGCUCCUUUAUACACCCACUGGUAUAGAAGGUCCUAUCCAACAACUACCAUUUACAAAAUCUCCAAUGCAAGCUAAUGUAGGCUAAGACACCAUUUCUGUCAUCGGAAACAGGACAUGUUUGCCUUAUUUGUAUAAAGACUUGAGGUUUGAGACUGUAGAAUAAGUCUUUUUAUACAGUACCCUGCACAUCCACUUAUGACCACAAGUGCUCACUGAACUUUUGGGAUGUUUGUAUUGCUCACAUUUUCUUCAUCAUUGCCUUAACUUAUACUCUCCAAACACUAGUCCUGAUCAUCUUCAGUCAACUUACUAGUAUAAUAAGAAAAUUAAAAAGCUGACCCGACACA